CAAGACUGUACAAUUUACUCGGGUACAUAUUUAUCUUAUUUCAACUGUAUAACUGCGUCUGGGGGUGUGGUAUUCAGUGUAGUACACACCUGAAAUGUCUUAAGCAUUCAAGCUGAUCAUUUGCGCUUUGUUUCUUGUGGAAUACAUUUGUCUCGCUCGUCGGCUGUUUGAAAUUAAGUUGAACAAACUGUCAGGACACUUUUCUCUGUUCCAAGUGACGCUGCUCACAGCAAGAUGGCGACAGGUCUCCGGGUGAUACGGGGUCCUGAUUGGUCGUCUGGAAGUAAAGAUGGCGGAGAGGGGCAUGUCGGGACGGUGGUGUCCUACGGAAAGGACCAAACGGCUGAAAUUAUCUGGGAUAAUGGAAACCAAACAAUCUCGAGUAUUGGGAAAAGCAACAAGUUUGAGCUCAGGGUGUUGGACAGCGCUCCAGUAGGUAUUCGGCAUCAGAGCAUUACGUGUAACGAAUGUAACGAAGUGGGUGUUGUGGGCAUGCGCUGGCACUGUAUGAGAUGUGACGACUAUGAUGUGUGUUCGCUGUGCUACGUGACGGGAAAGCAUGAUCUAACACAUCCCUUCACACGUUACGACACCCCCAAGUCGCAACCGGUGACUGUACCUGCAAGAAAUAAAAGUAUGAAGGUGAACGCUCUGGGAAUAUUCCCGGGGGCCACUGUCGUUCGUGGGACUCACUGGGAGCAGAAUGAUACAGACGGUGGGCGUGGCAAGACAGGCACGGUGGAAUCAUUGGUUACGCCGCAUCCUAAAUCGCCAAGGUCAGCUGUGAAUGUCAAGUGGCAGUCAGGGAAGAUCAGCGUAUGUCGUGUGGGUUACGAGGGGAAGGUGGACAUAAAGUACACAGAUGAGGCGCCUGGGGUGGAGUACUACCCGCAACAUCUACCCGUCUUAGAUAAUGUCGGCGCUAAGGCUCCCAUUGACAUCACACCAUCAGAUUUGGAGCUGAAAGUGGGAGACAAAGUCUGUAUAGAGUUAGAGGCAUCGGCACUGAAACAAAUCAUGGAAGCCGGAAGUGGAUGGUCUGUUGGGAUGGCCAAGUGUAUUGGACAAACUGGAGUGGUGACAAGUUUCGCCGCAAGCGGAGACGUGAAUGUUGAGUUUGGGAAAAUGAAGUACAGACUAGUGCCAAAAGUAUUGAGAAAGAUCCAUCAUCUGGAGGCUGGGAGUGUUGUUAGAAUCAUUGAUGACGUAGGCAAGGCAAAGAUGUUGCAGGAAAACCACGGAGAAUGGGUGGAUGAUAUGAGCAAGGUUUUGGGUAAAGUGGGCCGUGUUAAGAAACUCGACGCUGACGGCGACGCAGUUGUUCUAUUUGGCAGACGACAGUGGAUCUUCAACCCGGCGUGCUGCACCCCAGUCUCAGAGUCGGAACUGCCCUCGAAGUCAGACUCCGAUGAUGAUUCUGAUUCUGAUGACGUAGGACUCACGGGGUCGUCACCUGAUCUAGCGAGUAAUUUAGCCAAUGCCCUACUUGGAAUGAUGCUGUUGGGAAUGAGGGGUCAAAGUCAAGGUAGUGGAAUCCAUUACUUGAUAAAAGCAACAAUAGAUGGUGAUGUCACAAAAGUCAGAGAUAUGAUCGCCCAAAAUCCACAAGUUGUGAACGAGCGAUUCAAAGAACUCACGUGUCUACAUAUUGCCGCUCAUGAAGGGAAACUGCCCAUCGUCAAACUGCUUAUAGAAAAGAAAUCUAACAUAAACGCGACCGAUGACGAUGGUGACACACCACUGAUUGUAGCUACUGGAAAACAACAGACAGAAGUUGCCGAGUAUUUGGUCAGAGCUGGUGCGCAGUUGGACUUGAAAAACAACAAAGGAAGAACCGCUAUUCAUAACGCCGCCUACACAGGCCAAACGACGCUUAUACACGCUCUGAUUGGACGAGGCUGUGACGUCAACGUCAUGGAUGAGUCAGGUGACACACCUCUUCAUGACGCCAUUGCCAAGGACCACACAGCUGCAGUUGAGCGAAUUCUGACGUCAACGAAGGUGGAUUUGACGAAAACCAACAAACGUGGAUUCAACCCUCUUCACUGGGCAGCUUUUCAUGGCAGAGCUGGAAUUGUAGAGAGAAUACUGCAAAGAAAUAAAAGUAUUAUCGACUCUAAGAAGGAGGAUGGAUUCACGGCACUACAUCUUGCAACAAUCAACGGCAAUACAGAUAUUGCAAGAAUUCUCAUUAAACAGGGAGCUAGUGUAAAUUCGAAAGCGAACAACGGAUACACUCCUUUACAUCUUGCUUGUGCCGAAUGCUACAUCGAGCCAAUCCAAGUGCUGAUAUCUGCAGGUGCCAAUGUUAAUGCAAGUGAUACUGAUGGAGACACACCCUUACACCUUACCAUGAUGCAGAGCCAAACAACUGACCUGGCAAAUAUAUUUCAUUCUUUACAACUUACACAACAUAUAUUAUAUAUAUAUAUAUUCUAA